AUGCCUCAUUGUUCUUCCAUUCUUUUCUGUCUCUUCUUGCAACUGUUCUUUGCUGUCCAACCAUGUCACCGGGUAGUGACCUACGCUGCUGAUGGUGGCGGGUGGCAACUCUUGCAAAACAACAUUGGCAUAGCAGCUAUGCAUAUGCAACUACUCCACAAUGACCGUGUAGUAAUCUAUGAUCGGACUGACUUUGGCUUGUCUAAUAUUUCACUACCAGAUGGAAAAUGUCGGAAUGAUUCAAGAGAUUUAGUUGUCAAAAAUGACUGCACCGCUCAUUCUGUUGAGUAUGACGUUUUGGCUAAUAAAAUCAGGCCACUUAUGGUCCAAACUGAUGUUUGGUGUUCUUCGGGUGCUGUAUUCCCUGAUGGGAGACUGAUUCAGACCGGUGGUUUCAAUGAUGGUGAAGAUAAGGUCAGGACUUUCUUACCAUGCAAUAAUGCUAAAUGUGACUGGGUAGAAACUGGUGAUGCUCUCGGGGCAAGAAGAUGGUAUGCCACUAAUCAUAUACUGACAGAUGGUAGGCAAAUCAUUAUUGGUGGCAGAAGGCAAUUCAAUUAUGAAUUUUAUCCAAAAACUUCUGCCCCAAAUGUUUACAGUUUGCGCUUUCUAGCGGAAACUAAUGAUCGUGGUAUUGAAAACAACUUAUACCCAUUUGUUUUUCUCAAUUAUGAUGGCAAUUUAUUUAUUUUUGCCAAUAAUCGAGCCGUAUUGUUCAGUUACAAGGCGGAUAAGGUGUUGAAGACUUAUCCAGCAAUACCUGGAGGUGAUCCAAGAAGCUAUCCAAGUACAGGUUCUGCAGUGUUGCUUCCAUUGAAGAAUUUACGGGCUGCAACUAUUGAGGCUGAAGUUUUGGUAUGUGGAGGUGCACCAAAAGGAUCUUUUAAUCAGGCGGACACAAAACGUAAUUUUGUUAAAGCUUUGGAUACUUGUGCCCGGAUAAAGAUAAACGACCCAAAUCCAAUAUGGGUAAUGGAAACCAUGCCUGCAGCUAGAGUCAUGGGCGAUAUGCAAUUGCUUCCCAACGGUAAUGUUUUGAUCAUUAAUGGAGCUGGAGCUGGUACUGCCGGGUGGGAAAAUGGGCAAAAUCCAGUCUUGAACCCGGUCCUCUAUUUGCCCGAUGAUGCAGAAGGUUCAAGGUUCCAGAGGCUAAAUCCAAGUACAAUACCAAGAAUGUACCAUUCCACAGCCAUUUUGCUUCGUGAUGGCAGGGUUCUUGUUGGUGGUAGCAAUCCCCAUAUUGGAUAUAACUUCACUGGAGUAUUAUUUCCAACUGAAUUGAGAUUAGAAGCAUUCUCUCCACCAUAUUUGGGUAAAGAAUUUAAUGAUUUGAGACCAACAAUCGUCUCAUCAACUGCUGCCCAAGGUAAAAAUAUUGGUUACAAACAACAAUUGUCUGUAAGGUUCAAAGUGACGGGCAAACUAAUAGCAGAUAGCGUUUCGGUGACAAUGGUUGCGCCAUCAUUCACUACACAUUCCUUUUCCAUGAGUCACAGGCUGCUGGUACUUGGGAACGAAAAAGUGACUUACGUGGGCACAUCAACUUAUGACAUUCAAGUUACGACUCCAGGUUACCCUGAGCUUGCACCCUCAGGUUAUUACAUGUUAUACGUGGUUCAUCAAUAUAUUCCCAGUGUCGGUGUUUGGGUCAAAAUUGCAUAA